CUCCGUUGACAUUAUGUAUAAAAGGGCAGCUCGUACUUUCCAGUCUACAGUUCAAUUUAACUUUCUCAUCACUUAAGUAUUAAAUUUUUUCGAGAAAAUGGCAAAAUUCGUUUACGCAACUGUAAUUCUGCUAUUACUUGGUGUUGUAAUGAUUCAAGCUCAAAUUUGCCGACCCUACACAGUGACGCUGCGUCCUGGUCAACGUAUAUGCAUACCUAGCUGUAUACCAAGACCAAGUCCAUGUAUAACGGCUAAAAGAACAAUUAAAGUAGAUACAUGCCUGACGGGAUGUUGUCGAUCGGGCAGUGUUAGUCAGCCCGUGAAGAGGGGAUAAUUCGGAUGUAUAAUGAAUGUACACAGUUCUUUUUUAUUUCUCAAGUUUUGUAAUUUUCACUAAAAAAACUAAAAAGUUUUUAACAGAAAAUAAAAAAUUGAGAGCAUUAUUUGAUUUCCUUUCUUAGCGUCACAGUUGUGGGUCUCAGCAGACUUAACACUUUUAACGAAAGCUAUUGCGUGUGCAGAAAUAUCUGAGUAAACACAGCCAGCGGGGUUUCAGCUGUUCAAAAACUGUUACUGUAAUUCGAUAAUUUUAUUUAGACUUCUAUUUCCCACAGCUGAUUUUUUAAACAUGAAGCUUUGUGUUCCAAAAUAUUCGAGGAAAAUUAAAAGCAAAGUAAUGCAAUAUUUUUUUUAAUUCCAGCAAAUGCUUGUAUGAUACAAAUACGCCUGACAAAACCCGGUCGACGCAUAUGUGAACUGAAGUG